UGGUUAGGAGUUAUUCCUGCCAGUAGAUAAGGAAAGUUAGAUCAAUCCUGCUUUUAAAUUCCUGUGGCCAUUUAUUUUCAUUUGUGGGAGUAACUUGACGUCAUAUGAUUACUGAUCCAUUUCCUUCCUAUACACAAUCAGUGACAAUCUACUUUACGAAUAUUCACACAUUUUGACUGUGUCUGAACUCCUGCCCGCUGUCUUCUUUCCUCCUGCUAAAGCUCUCUCCAUUCUUUGCCCUCUAUACCCUGCUCAGGGUUGCUGUAUUCUCUCCUUCUAUUCUCUUGUUUUUCUAACGGACGCUCCAUUUACUGAUCGAAGUACCUCGUCACCAUGAACCCGGUCCGACUUUUAUUAUCAGCAAUUCUGAUACAAUUUUCAUUACAAACUAAAGUGCCACCAACUAACUACCUGAUCACUCCUCCCACCUCAUAUACCGGUAGCAGCUUUACAUCUGACUGUACUUUGGGUGAUGCUAGAGGAUUAACACGAUGUCCUAACACUACUAGACUCACAGAUAAUGUAACAAGUGAAGGAAUGGCCUUUGUUACUGAUAAUUUUAUGGGAUGGAACCGUUCUUUUGAUCUUGAGUUUAAUUUUGGCACUGAAAAUUUCUUCUUCACUCGUAUUGACAUAUAUUAUUAUAACAAUCCAUCAGGAGGGUAUGGACUGCCUGAUAUAAGGACUAGUAUAUCUCGAACUGGUCUUGAAGAUAGUUAUACUACUGUUGUCUGUACGUUUAUUGAUAAUUCUGAAAUAUCUCGGUCUGAUGAUAAUGUCCAAGUCCUUUCUUUGGUUAUACUAACAUCAGAGUCUUCCCCUUCCUUGGUGUUAUUGGUCCCUUACCAAUACCUUCGCUUACAGUUCAUUUUUUCUUCAUCUUUUCUUGCAACUCAAACAUUUAUCAGUGAAAUUAGGUUCUUCACUAAUACUGAUACUUCAUUUCCUGCUGUUCCUAUUGUAUUCAUGUCUCCUAAUCAAACACUGCAGCCUCAUACAGUACAGUCAUCUCUCAACUUAUCCUGUACAGUGGACAAUAAUGGAACCUUUCAUUGGACUUGGAGUGGCCCUGAAGUUAGUACUGGAGAUAUUAAACUAGCAGAUACCACAAGGACCAGUAUAUUGAUGAUAUCUAAUGUCAGUGCUGAUGAUGCUGGGAACUAUACCUGCACUGCAUUUUAUCUGGCAUUUGGUGAUUUUGUAGGUCCUCCAAAUAAUGUUUUUAAUUCUAUAAAACCUGACAUGGAAACUACAAAUAGUGUCAGUUUAACACUUUUUAUUAAUGUAUCAGCAGAAGUCUAUUAUGAUGAAUUCAUAGUACCAGCAGGGAAUACAGUGACUGUUCAAAAAGACACUAAUGUCACACUAUCAUGUAUCUUCACUGGAUACCUACCAAUGGAUUAUCAGAUCAAUUGGAUGGACAGCAGCAACAUGGCUGAUGGUACUAUAACUAAUGGUGAUGAUACUCGGAAUAUUUCUCAAAGUGGCGGUUCUUCUCCUGGUCCAGCUGUACAGAGUAACUAUACUAUACUGUCAGUUGAAGUAGAUGACAGUGACUCCUAUACUUGUAGUAUGGAUGGAACUAGACUGAAGGAAACUAUAUCACUGAUAGUGAUUAAUAGUGCUACCAUAUCAUCAACCCCAGUACCCAUGACUACCAGCAGUACUCCUUCAAUGUCACUCACAUCAACCAGUUCAGCUCCUUCUUCCAGUUCAUCUCCUUCUCCUCAAUCAGGUGAUCCUCUCCCAAUAAUAGCAGGUGCUGCUGCUGCCGCUGUCUUGCUAAUACUCAUUAUCAUUGUCAGUAUCGUCAUUGCUGUUCUUUACUGUAAGAGACGAUCAGUUUCUAAAACAAUGGUGAUCAGUGAUUCCAAUAACGGUCUUUAUGCUGAGCUCAGCAAACCAGAGCCUCCUCCUCUUCCCUCUCGUAUAGCAGACAACGGAGGGUAUGCCUCCAUUGAUAUACCUGGCAACGGGUUCCCAUUGAAUGAUAUUCAUAGUCCUCUACCUCCUGCUUUUACUCCACAACACACUUCUCCUGACCGACCCACUCCGGCCCAGAUCUCAUUAAAACCAACCUUCCUUCAGCCCAAUCCAAUGUAUGCCUCAUCAGAGAACCUUGACAGACACUUCCAACCUAGAGAGUACCUUCAGCCGACAAGGUCUCUCCCUCAUAUUGCUGACGCUGAUGAGCCGAGGGAAAUGGGAUCUCAAUUUAAUAUUUAUGCUAAGCCUAACUUGGUCCCACCUCCUGUCCCCCCGUAUCGCGGUACCCCUGAUCCUGAUGAUGGUAUAUUCACUGAUGAAGAUAUUAAUCCAGAAGCACUUAAGAGACAGUCUUUCAACAUGGAUUCUUCCAUAUAUGGUGGGUAUAGGGCAAUAUAUAACGACCCACAGCCUCUCCAGCGAUCAGAGAAUGAGCUGCUGGAGGUAAAGGAGAAGAAUAUCCGUGAACUAAAGGACCUUGGAAUGGGUCAGUUUGGGGUAGUAGUGCUGGCUCAUACCGUGAGUCUCAGUUUGAAGCAGCUGGGGAUGAGUGAAUCCAAUAAUGAUCCAGGGGUUAGUUUAGUGGUAGCUAUUAAAAGGCUGAGGGCAGAGGCUGACGAUAAAAUGAGAGAAAUGUUUGAAAAAGAAGUCAAAUUCAUGGCUAGACUCAGGCACGAGAAUGUAGUUCGUCUUCUUGGGGUGUGUCUGUCUAAAAAUGCCUUCAUAAUGAUGGAGUAUAUGGAGAAUGGUGACCUCAACCACUACCUGAGGAACAUGGACCUAAUAGAAGACAUCAACCCACUACCGGAAGGUGCAGUAUCACUCCCUGUACUAAUAUACAUAUGCUUACAAGUUGCUCGUGGUAUGUGCUACCUGGCCUCGUUAAGAUUCAUUCAUCGUGACCUUGCUACUAGAAAUAUACUAGUGGGACAGGACUUUAAGGUCAAGAUAGCCGACUUUGGAAUGAGUCAGAACCUUUACUCUGACUUCUACUACCGUAUCCAAGGAAGAGCUAUCCUCCCUAUUCGCUGGAUGGCUAAUGAGUGUUUCUACGGUCGGUUCUCAGAGAAGACUGACGUCUGGUCUUUUGGAGUCCUUAUGUGGGAGAUAUUCACUUUGUGCAAGCUGCAACCGUUUGAAAGAAUGACGGACCAAGAGGUCAUUGACGACGCCAUAAAAGGAAGCGAGAGGACCCUCCCCUAUCAGCCUCAAGCCUGUCCCAACGAGGUCUACAGUGUCAUGCUGGACUGCUGGAUACAUGAACCGGAGGAGAGAGCCUCCUUUCAACAGAUCUAUGAUCUACUCUCUAGUAUACAUGCUUAUAAUGACUUCUCAUGAUAUUAUUGAUAUGCUUUGUGUGUGUGUGUUUGUUCAAUGGUGGAUGGUUUUAUGUUGUGUUGUUUUUUAUGAGUUUCAGUUUGUUGAGAUGUGAGUUAUGAUAAUUUAACAAUAUUCCCCUUUCUCUCUCUCUGCCUCCCACCCUCUCUCUCUCCUUUUAUGUGUCUCAUUUUAUCUUCUUUUGUGUUGCACAUUUCCCUACACAUUUCAGUGAUUUUAUCUUACAAUUUAAAAGAUUUUUAACGUCAACAUAAU